AUGUCGAGCCCUUCUAUUUGGCCAAGACCAGCCCGGGAAAGACACUCCCGCCCACCUGUGCAGCUGCAGCAGUCGGCUAUUGAACGCCCGGGCAUGGAACCUCGAGAUUUCGAGCUCCUAGAUCCUAAUUGGAUGCGUGAUCUGUCGCAUUGCCCGUUGUCUGAUAGAGAUAAGGAGCUAUUGGAGAAGUUCUGGACGGAGCUGGAAAACGACCGGAUGGAAAACUGCGUCCGCUGUCAGGAGAUAUGGUUCGACAUGGGCUUGAAAGACGGCGUUUGUAUCACGGAGAAUGACGAUAUUGAGCCGGAUGAGGUUAACCAGUCUGCAGUGCCAGAUCUGCUACCAGAGGAUACCGAGAUAGAAGCACUACAUUCGCAUAUUCUCGGCGAAGAGCGCGAUGAACCGAUCCCUGUAUGA